CUCUGCUAGGUCUGGCGCACCAGCUGCGAUUCGGCCAAGUGAACUGCCGAGAAGGAGCAGCCGAGGUAGCUGAGAAUAAGGGGCAGGAACCAGCUCUCUCCAAGCCCUUUAAUACUUCACUUGCUUUUUUUUACUUUUUGCUAUUGCUUUUUUUCCCAUCAUCUAGGUUUUUUCUGCUUUUCAUUGAAAUAUCCGUUCCAUAAAAUGAAGGGUAGCCCGCUCACAGGGUUACUGCUUGCGUUGUGCGUAAGCAGCGCAGUUCACGGCUUGCCAAAGAAGAACAAAAGACAAACUGGCCAGUAUCAGGUGUAUCCCGAGCUUCACGAUACAUCGGCUAUUAAUCCAGUCGGCUGUGAGGAAAACGGUCGCUCAUACAGAGUGAACGAACAGUGGGAGAAACCUUACCUUGGUAGCACGUUGGUGUGCACCUGCAGUGGAGCAGCAGGCAUCAAGUGUAAAACUAAGCCUGAAGUGGAGGAAUCCUGUUAUGAUAAGUACAAUGACCGGACAUACCAGGUGGGUGAAACCUAUGAGAGAUUACAUGAGAGGAUGACUUGGGACUGCACCUGCAUUGGUUCCGGCAAGAUCAGCUGCACAAUAGCGCAUCGAUGCCACGAUGGUGGGAGGUCUUAUAAAAUCGGGGACACUUGGCAGAGGCCUCAUGACACCGGUGCCUACAUGUUGGAGUGUGUGUGUCUUGGAAAUGGCAAAGGAGAGUGGACAUGCAAACCUCUCGGGGAAAGGUGCUAUGACAAUACCUUAGCUGCCACGUAUGCUGUAGGAGACACCUGGGAGAAGCCAUACCAAGGCUGGAUGAUGCUGGAUUGCACCUGUAUGGGCGAGGGGAAUGGACGCAUCACAUGCACCUCAAGAAACCGCUGCAAUGACCAGGAUACAAGGAGGUCCUACCGUAUUGGAGACACAUGGACGAGGACUGACACAAGCGGACAUCCCCUGCAGUGUGUGUGCCUAGGAAACGGCAGAGGAGAAUCAAAGUGUGAAAGACACAGCUCAGGAAGAGCCAGAGUUGUGUUGACCCCAGUCCGGCAGCUUGAGCUUCCCGCUGAGAGAACCUGUCGCACCGACUCUGGAGCCUACUACUACGAUGGACAGCGCUGGAUCAAAAACCAGGGCAGCAAACAGAUGCUCUGUACCUGUUUGGGCAAUGGAGUCAGCUGUCAAGAAUGGGAGGCCAGGAACCAGGUGUACGGUGGGAACUCUGAUGGCCAACCCUGUGUAUUCCCCUUUGUCUUCAUGGGGAAGACCUACUACUCUUGCACCUCAGAUGGACGUUCAGAUGGGCAGCUGUGGUGCUCUACAACCUCAGACUAUCAGAGAGACCAGCAGUACUCUUUCUGCACUGAAAAGAAUGCAAUUGUGACAACACGGGGUGGGAACUCCAAUGGGGCCCUGUGCCACUUUCCCUUCCUCUACAGCGGUCGCAACUACACCGAUUGCACCACCGAUGGGCGCCGUGACAACAUGAGAUGGUGUGGCACCACCUACGACUAUGAUUCAGAACAGCGUUUUGGAUUCUGUCCCAUGGCUGCUCAUGAAGAGGUAUGCACCACCAGUGAUGGAGUGAUGCGCCGUGUGGGCGACAAGUGGGACAAACGCCAUGAUGUCUUGGGUCACAUGAUGCAGUGCACAUGCCUGGGAAACGGCCGUGGGGAGUGGAACUGUGUUGCUUACUCACAGCUUUUAGAUCAGUGUAUAGUUGAUGGUUUGACCUAUGAAGUAAACCAGGAAUUCACCAAGCGCCACGACCAAGGCUACAUGAUGAACUGCACCUGCUUCGGACAAGGACGUGGAUACUGGAAGUGUGACGCUAUUGAUCAGUGUCAAGAACCACAAACCAGGACGUUCUAUCAGAUCGGCGAGACGUGGGACAAAGCCAUCCAUGGCAUCUACUACCGCUGUUAUUGUUAUGGCAAUGGGAUUGGAGAAAUGAGAUGCGAGCCCCAGCAGACCUACCAAGAUGGCCGCAGACCAAUCCAGGUGAUCAUCACAGAGGCUGGGAAACAGUCCGACUCUCGCCCUAUUCAGUGGAACGCCCCUUCAUCUGUUCAGAUCACCCAGUACAUCCUGAAAUGGAGAGUUAAAAACACCCAUUCUCCCUGGAGAGAGGUCACCAUCCCGGGCAACAUCAACUCCUACACCAUUAGCGGGCUGCGUCCAGGCAUCACCUAUGAGGGUCAGCUCAUCAGCAUUCAGAACUAUGGACGCCGUGAGGUCACGCGUUUUGAUUUCACUACUAACCUUGGCUCCUUGGAGACAUAUGAGGGAGAGACGACUGCACCUCCACCUGUGUUGGACACCUCCGAGUCUGUGACAGAAAUCACCUCAAACAGCUUUGUUGUAUCCUGGACAUCAGCUGAUACAACCAUCUCUGGCUUCAGGGUGGAGUAUGAGCUCAGUGAGGAGGGGUCCCAGCCUAAAGUUCUGGAUGUUCCUCGCACAUCCACCUCUGUCACCAUCAGUAAUCUCCUGCCUGGACGCAGAUACAACGUCAGCGUCUUCGAGGUCCCAAGUCGGGGGCAGCCCAACCUCAUCCUCACUACCUCACAGACCACAGCUCCUGACGCACCUACUAGGCAUGUUGUCAAUGAAGUGGGAGAAACCUCCAUCCAAAUCAGCUGGUCCAGACCUCAGGCUCCUAUUACUGGCUACCGUGUGGUUUACACACCAUCAGUGGAAGGCAGCAGCACAGAGCUGACCCUCCCAGAGUCAGAGACGUCCGUGACCCUGGUUGACCUUCGCCCCGGUCUGCUUUACAACAUCAGCAUCUAUGCUGUGGAAGAGGACCAGGAGAGUGAGCCUGUUUUUGUACAGGUCAACACUGCUGGAUCUCCUACCCAAGAGGUGGUCCAAGCCCCCACAGACCUGCAGUUCUACGAGGUUUCGGAUACGAAGGUCACCAUCACCUGGACCGGUCCACCCAAUGAGGUGUCAGGUUACAGAGUCACUUUCUCCCCCGUUGGGUCUGAUGGCACUGACGUAAGGCCCCUGGGGCUGCCUGUCUCCACCAGUGCAUACUCUGAGAUCACCCACUUGCAGCCAGGCACGCUUUACCGCUUCUACGUCUAUGCCAUCAACGGCGGAGUGGAGAGUGAGCCUCUUGUAGGAGAAAAGGCUACCAAACCUGAUGCACCCACCGAUGUACGCUUCACUGAGAUCGGCCCUGACAGCGCACUGAUUGUCUGGGAGGCUCCUCGUGCCAUUGUCAGUGGUUUCCGCCUUUACCUGAGCAUUGAAGGCUCAAGUCCCAUUGAAAAGAGGAUCCCAGGCAGGGUCACCCAGUACCUACUGAGGAAUCUACGUCCAGAUACGGAGUACACUGCCACCCUUUACUCUGAUCUCGAAAAUGAGCUCAGCGAGGGCGUCACCACAUACUUUACCACCGCUCCCCAGAUGGGAAAUGCUCCCACUUUCAGUACUGAGGUUACCGACACCUCGAUCAUCGUCACCUGGAUACCCGUCCGCAGGUUCAGCUACAAGCUGUCUGUGCUGCCCAGCGAGGAAGGCGAGUCUCCCAGAGAAGAAACCUCUUCCUCCGGACGUGUUUAUGUAGAUGGUCUGACUCCAGGAACUCAGUACACCUACAGCGUUCAGCCCAUCUACAAUGGACAGAACCGCGGAAAUCCCAUCACCCGCAAUGUUGUCACUUCUCUAUCUCCUCCCACUGACCUCAGACUUGAGUCCAACCCGAACACAGGAGUUCUCACAGCCUACUGGGUAGCCUCCAAAACACCAGGUAUUACAAGCUACCGAGUGACAAGCAGACCAACCAAUGGCCAGAGAGGAUACUCCCUUGAAGAGAUUGUUGCAGUUGAUCAGACCUCAGUUGUUCUAGAGCACUUGACUCUGGGUAUGGAGUACAACAUCAGCGUGUUCGCUACCAAGGACAAUGUGGAAAGCAGUCCAGUGUCCACUAUUGUCACAACAGACAUCCCCGCUCCAAGUCAAAUUGACUUUGUCGACAUUACUGACACCACCAUUGGGCUACGCUGGAUCCCUCUGAACAGUACUACCAUUAUUGGUUACCGGAUAGUGGUAGUAGCUUCAGGCCAGAGCUUGCCAAUUUUUCAAGAUAUGGUGGAAGCAUCUGCUGGUUAUUACACGAUUCGUGGUUUGGAGCCCGGUGUGGACUAUGACAUCAGUAUCUUCACUGUUACAGAAGAGGGGGACAGCGAGCCGGCCACACACACAAAGCAAACGCAUGCUGCCAUUCCAGCUCCCACCAACCUGCAGUUUGGAGGAGUGGGCCCUGACCACAUUAGGGUGACUUGGUCAGUCCCCAGAAUUGCCACACCAAACGACAUCUCUCGGUUCGUUAUCCGUUAUCACCCUGUAUCCACUGAUAAUGACAUCAAGGAGGUCAAUGUUGGAGGAGCUACCAACACCUACUUGCUGCAAAACCUGCAGCCCAACACUGACUAUCGUAUCAGUGUGGUGUGUGUGUAUGGUGAACGAGAAAGUAGACCAGCCACAGGGACUCAAAAAACCACGCUGGAUUCCCCGACUGGCUUGGACUUCUCCGACAUUCGGACCGACUCCUUUACAGUUCACUGGCAAGCUCCACAGGCCAGAAUCACGGGCUACCGAAUCCGCUAUCAGAAGACCAGUGGUGGACAUGCCAAGGAUGAGAGGCUCCCCCCGACCAGAACCCACUACACUUUGACUGGACUGUCACCUGAAACCGAGUACAUGAUAUAUGUGUAUGCUGUGAGCAGCAGCCAGGAGAGUCAGCCUCUGACUGGCACACAGGCAACAAUCUCUGAUUCGCCCACUGACCUAGUGGUAACAAGAUCCACCCCAACCGCCGUCACCAUACGCUGGGAUGCUCCCUCUAUCUCAGUGAGAAACUACAGGAUCACCUAUGCAGGAACAAGUGGCGAGACUCCUCGGGAGAUUAAUGUCCCAGGCACUCACACCACUGCCACCAUCACCGGACUGAAUCCCGGCACUGAAUACACCAUCACAGUCUAUGCAAUUAGCGGACGAGGCGAUAACCCCGCCACCAGUGUCCCCGUCUACAUAACACACAGGACUGAUAUCGAGGCCCCCCCUGACAUGCGGGUGGCUGAUAUAAGUGACAAUGCCAUCACAGUACGUUGGUCUCCUGCUCGGGGACCAAUCAGAGGCUACAGAGUCACAAGUAUUCCCAAAAAUGGCGUGGGACCCUCGUACUCUGAGGAUUUGGCUCCUGAUCAGACCGAGGUGACUUUCACGGGUCUGAUGCCCACUGCUGAGUAUCUUGUGAGUGUGUAUGCCCUGGGAAAUAAUGGACAGCCAUCUUCCCCGCUAAUAGAAAAUGCAGUCACUGCUAUGGACCGUCCGAAGGAGCUCACCUUCUCUGACAUCGACUCCACCUCCAUGCGCAUCUCCUGGGACAGCCCAGACGGCGCAGUAACGUCAUACCGCGUCUUGUACACCAGUGCAGAGGAAGGUGAGAGAGAGCUGCGCCCAGCACCCAGAGGGGACCAGGACAGUGUGGUGCUUGGAAACCUUCGCCCUGGAACAGAGUAUACUGUUAAGGUCAUCGCCCUCCAUGACCGAGCACCCAGCUCACCGUUGGUGGGAACUCAGGCCACAGUAAUCCCUGCUCCCACCAACCUGGCGAUCUCAGAGGUCAGUCCUUCCUCCUUCACUGUGUCAUGGCGAGCUCCAGACGCGCGCCUGACCGGCUACCGUGUAGUCGUGAGCCCCAAGAACAUCAACAGCCCUCACAGAGAAAUGAACGUUGCUCCGGACACCACUCGUGUUGUGGUGCCAGGGCUCAUGGUGGCAACCACAUACCAGGUGCAGGUUUACGCUCUGAAGAACACAGUCACAAGCAGACCAGCAGAGGCAGAAGCCACCACGCUGCAAGCUUUGAGUGCUCCUCGCCGCGUGCGUGUCAUCAAAGUAACGGAUAGUUCUUUCACACUGACCUGGCGUUCCAAGCUGGAACCUUUCACUGGUUUCCUUAUUGAAGCCAUUCCCCAGAGUGGAUCGUAUCCCACCAUCACCAAGACCAUCCCAAGUGACGCUUACACCUACACCCUCACCGGUUUGCGGCCCAACACUAUUUACAAUGUUAACAUGUACACUCUGAGUGGGAACACAAGGAGCGACCCAUUCACUUCCAGAAUUCAAACAGUUGACCCGCUGGUCCAGGCGCCCACCAACCUGCAGUUUACGUCCGUCACCCCCUACUCCAUCUCCUUCACCUGGCAGCCACCUGCCACGCAAAUCACAGGAUACUAUGUCACCUAUGAAGAGUCGGGAGGAAGACCACAGGAGCUUUUCCCAAGACCCCACGCUGGCCAAAACUACGCCACCAUCGAUGAUCUAAGACCAGACACGGAGUACAUCAUCAAGAUCAUCGCCAUCCAAAACACGCAGAGAAGCACACCUCUGGUGGGCAGGAGCAGGACUCCUCAAGACCCCUUGCUUCCUUUGCCUCUGCCCCAGCCUAACCGCCCUGGAAAUGGCAGGCUGGAUGUGCCUGAAUCUCUGGACAACAACGUCCAGUUAGUGGGCACCAAUAGCCAGGAUGGGUUUGGUGAUCAGAGCCAGCAUGUGGAGUACACAGAGUACAACAACAAUGGAGACAACGGAUAUAAUCGGAAUCCACUUUCUCCCUAUGGCCAAGUUCGUGAGCCCCUGGUGUUUGUGCCCCUUCCUGAUGCAGAAGGCCGCAGAAAGCCCAUUGUGAAGCUAAACAUGCCCAUUGGACCCAUACUCUUUAACGAGACAAGUGUGCCGCUGGAGGCCCAAACUCAGACCACCGUCUCCUGGAAGCCUUAUAGGCAGAGCAAUGCCUACCUGGUGUCCUGUCAUCCCAUCACACAGCUAAAUGAGAAGAUGUUCCAGGUCCGCCUGCCAGGCACAGCCACUACUGCUACCCUGCUAGGACUCACUCCCGGAGCAGACUAUAACGUUAUUGUGGAGGCACUCCUGGGGGCCCUCAAACACAAGAUUCUGGAGCAGACAGUGACUGCUGGAAACACAAUUACAGAGGGAGAUUCCUCAAAUAAAGACACGUGCUAUGAUGCCUUUACUGCCACCCAUCACGACGUCGGUGCUGAAUGGGAGCGGAUGUCUGAGACAGGCUUCAAGCUGUCGUGCAGGUGUCUGGGCCUGGGCAGCGGCCACUUCAGAUGUGAUUCAUCAAAGUGGUGCCACGACAAUGGCAACAACUACAGAAUUGGAGAGAAAUGGGACCGUCGCUCAGAGAACGGGAACUUAAUGAGCUGCACUUGUUUAGGAAACGGCAAAGGAGAGUUUAAGUGUGAACCGCAUGAGUCCACGUGUUACGAUGAUGGCAAAACUUACCGGGUGGGCAACCAGUGGCAGAAGGAGUACCUGGGUUCUAUUUGCACCUGCACGUGCUUUGGAGGACAACAGGGCUGGCGAUGCGAGAACUGCAGGAGACCCGGUGGCGAUGUCGAUGUCGGUCUGCUGCAGCCAAUCAGAUAUGGAGACAACACACUGCGCAAAAACAUUCACUGCCCCAUCGAGUGCCUCCGGCCUGAACUGCUGGCAGAUGCACACGUUCCUCACAAUCCUCGGGAAUGAUGAGCUGGUCAUCUGACAUCUGCUUUGCUCCCUUACCGUCAAGUUGCUGCACUGUCUCACCUUGUAGAAGCCACGCUGGCUGCGAUGAAACAAACUAAGCGCCUUAUCACAUUGCUGACACAUUGCCCUGCUGCCCUCAUCAUUAAUCUUCACUUGAGUCUAUUCACUGUCGACUUCCAGGCUUGUGAUGUAUUAGAAACAGAAACCCCCAACUUUCUAAAGUUAUUUAGAACUUGUCCAGUCAGAUUUACACAUCUGUCAAGUUGGCAUUUAUUUCCCAUUUAAUUUUUUUUUCUUUUCCAAUUAUAUCCUGACCAAAACCCAUAAAGUACGCACUGUGCUAAAAAAUGUAGUUGUUACCAGUGUUGCUGAAACUGUCCUCAAAAAUGUGCUUCUCUUUUCUGUAGCCCCUCUUCCAUGUGUGUGAUUGACACAUUCUGAAGUUCUGGUAAUUUAUCCCUUUGAUCUCAUCGUGUGAAUGUGUUGAACAAGGAUGUGAACCGUUCUAUUUUUGUACUUUGUGCCAAAGUGUUUCUACCGAUGACAAAUAGAAGUCCCUUAUUUUAAUAAAAGCUGGAGAGAUUCUUAAACAUUA